AUGGAUCUCGACACAGUCACCGUGCGCGUCGGCGAAGCAGAAUCAGCAGUGAAUAUCACCGUCUAUCGCAAUUUACUAUCCGAUGUCUCACCUUACUUUCGCGGCGCUUUCGAGGGUUCCUUCGUGGAAGCCACUGAUCGCUUCAUAUCCCUGACAGACGUCACUGAGCAUACCUUUCGUAUGUUUCUACAGUGGGUACACACCCAAGUUUAUGAGCACUCAAGUGGCGCUACGAUUCCUUCACCUGCGAUACUUCUUCACGGAUCAACAACGAAGAAUGCUGGCAACACUACCACGGGUCCUGUAGAGGUACAGCCCCCACAUCCUACGCAAAGCGUUCCAGACGCCGAGACUCUGCCAGAUGCAACAUCAGCACUUGACGAGCUGGACGGCCAUCAAAAGCGAUGGGAUGUGAACGAGAUAGAAGGGCUGUGCUCCGAAAACUCGGAAUUGAUCAACGGAUACCGCUUGUCGCUGCUUUCUUUCCUGCGUCUGUACGUCUUUGCCGACAAAUACAACGUCCCCCAGCUACGAGAUGACGUCUUGACCGCCUUGACCGCACAGUCAAUCUCAUGGUGUUGGUGGCCUGAUAUUGAGCGAGAACUGAUGGAGUCUGCAUACGCAGCUCUGCCGUCAUCAUCUAAGUUCAUUCGCCUCUUGGUCCUGUCCACAGCCUACUGUUGGCUCUCGCAGCCUGGAACCUCCAGUGCUACUAAAAUGCGUGCAAUGAAGGAGAUGAACGAGGAAUUUGCUUUCGAGGUCAUGGUUGUCCAAAAUCAGAGGCUCAAAGAUGGAGAGUCGUUGGAGGGUAUGCCGUCAGAGGGUAUGCCGUUUUGGCUGGAGGAAGCUAUGCCAGAUUCCUGCACCUUGCACGAGCACCUAGCACGAGACGCAGCGAAAUGCCGAGAACGAAUCUGCGACCAGCCGUACAUCUUCACCGGACUCAUCGAGAUGUGCGCGCAAGACGCCUUGUCCAUGGCGAAAGAGUCUGAUGAGGGGUAG